AUGGUAUUGCUUCCGGGUCUUGUGGAAUUGGGACUUGCUGUUUAUGUUAGAUUGGACUUCCUAAAUUUCAUCUUGGCUCAACCCGAUGGGAAUGGAUAUUGCGUCUUUGAUUCUUUGACUGUAACAGGAUCUGCUUCGAACGUUCCAGUGCUUUGUGGAGAAAAUACUGGACAGCACAUGUACCUCAUGGUGAACAACGGAACCAAUAUUCAACUGACAAUUACCACGUCCGCCGCUGUUGUCCUGGGCAGGAGUUGGAACAUAAAAGUUACUCAAAUUGCUUGUGAUUGUCCCACGCUAGCACCCAUCGGUUGCCUUCAGUACUACACAGAACUAUCAGGCACCGUGAUGAGCUUCAACUACGGUACCACCAUCAACGGUGCCUUAGUUACGCUGGCGGAUGGAACCACUAGACCUGGAACCAGGCAAAUUGCGAACCUGAACUAUGGUAUCUGCAUCAACAUGUCGCCUGGUUACUGUUCCAUCCAAUGGAGUCAAGGGUCAGAUGACUCCUCCUUCACGGUCAGUGGCAACACGGCACUGGUGGCUGUAACCCCUGGAUUGCCUGGGGAUGGUCUAGUAGGGGAGAAUUGUACGACUGAUUUCGUUGUGAUUCCUAACCCCUCGUACGCCAAUGGUACUGCUGUGGCGGGGGAUAGGUUUUGCGGCAAUCAGUUUCCGACAGUUGUUACUUCCUCAAAGCCGUUUGUCCUGACAGUAGUGACGGAUGAUGACGAGCUCACAGACGUAGCUAACAGAGGAUUCCUGCUGAAUUAUCAACAACAAGCUUGUGUAAAUUCUAUAGCGAAUCUAGUCUUUGUCUGA